AUGGAGAACGAGAAGGGAGAAAUCGUCGAUCUCUACGUCCCCCGCAAGUGCAGCGCCACCAACCGCAUCAUCAAGGCCAACGACCACGCCUCCGUCCAGAUCUCCAUCGGCAAGGUUGACGAGAACGGCCGCUACACCGGCGAGAACCAGACCUACGCUCUGUGCGGCUUCAUCCGUGCCCGCGGCGAGAGCGACGACUCCUUCAACCGCCUUACCCAGCGCGAUGGAUACAUCCGGAACGUGUGGACUGCCAGCCGUCAGCGGUAA